AUGACAUCUACAAAGUUAGUUGUUGGUGCUAUAGACUUUGGGACAACCUAUUCAGGAUAUGCAUUCUCCUUUGCACAUGACUAUGAAAAAGACCCAAUGAAAAUACAAACCUUGUCCAGAAAGACAUUGUUGUAUGACGAAAGCAAGAAGGCAUUAUCAGCUUUACACGUGUUCUCGUCUGCGAUACAAUUUCUGAAAGACCAUCUCUGCAAUGAAAUCUCUAAGAAAAUGACAGAAUUUGAAGAGCGGGAUAUAUUUUGGGUGUUAACUGUACCUGCAAUAUGGACAGAUGCAGCCAAAAAAUUUAUGAGGGAAGCUGCAUUGGAGGCUGGUAUAAAGUCAGAUUGUUUAUCCUUAGCACUUGAACCUGAAGCAGCCUCCAUGUUUUGCAAGCUCCUCCCGGUUGACCGCCUGAAACAUAACAAUUCGACAUCUACUGAGGCUUUUAAACCAGGAACAAGUUACAUUGUUCUUGACCUUGGUGGUGGCACUGUUGAUGUGACUGUUCAUCACCUAGGGUAUGAUGGAAAGCUUCGUGAAAUCGCUCGUGCAAGUGGCGGUGCGUGGGGUGGUACUCAAGUUGAUGAAGCAUAUUUAAGAUUUCUCCAAAAUGUCUUUGGCAAUGAAGUAUUUCAAGCAUUCAGAGAAAACAACACAGCCGAUUUCCUUGAAAUGCUGAGAGAAUUUGAAAUUAAAAAGAGAACUAUAAAUAAAAAGAAAGAAGGCAACAUUGUUAUAAGGUUUGCAGCUUCCCUUUCCGAAACAUACAAAGAAAAAUGCAGCAAACCUCUUGAUAAUCACAUAUUGCCAGAGCAUCUAGGAUCAUCUGUCCAAAUAAAGCGGGAUAAAAUACAUGUUGAUGCAAACACAAUGAAGAAAUUCUUUUCAGAAUCAAUCAGCAAUACAUGCAAACAUGUUAGGAAAAUUUUGGUAGAGAACGAAUUCAGAGAAAUCGAUACGUUAUUGCUUGUUGGGGGAUUCGCUGAAUCGGAAAUAGUUCAGGAGAGCGUGAAAGAAGCAUUUCCAAACAAAAGAGUCAUUGUUCCUAGCGAACCUGGCUUAGCCGUUUUAAAAGGGGCAGUACUGUUUGGCCAUAAUCCUAUGAUUAUGAAAUCAAGAGUAAGUAAAUACACUUAUGGAAUAGAGCUCAUAAAUGAAUUUGUCGAAGGAAUAAGCCCAGAGAGGUACAAAGUUUUUGAAGGCGGCAUUUAUAAAUGUAGGUUUAUUUUUUACCCAUUUGUUCGAGCUGGUGACCUUGUUCCAGUUGGUAAAGUCGUCAGAAAACAACUUUUUUCAGAUACCUUUGAUGUGAAAGAAGGGCUUGGAAUAUAUGCAUCUACAGAAGAAUAUCCAAAGUAUGUUGUUGAUGACAGCUGUUUUCGACUUGGGACUGUGCACUUUGAUAAACCUCAUCAACCAUACAUGCUUGAAAUGCAUUUUGGAGAGGCAGAAAUCAGUCUGAAAUUUAUCUUUGAAUCAGGUGUAAAUAAAACAAAGGAAUUGGAUUUCUUGUGUACGUAGGGACAUGACAUCUUCAGCGAGUGUUAACUCAGGCUGCUAAAAUGGUAUUUUAUAUUUCAACAGUGAUAAAUGUGACAUUCCUAUCAUAAAUGUUUUGUUAAACAUCUUUCGAAACAUUAUUAAAAAAAAACAACAACAACAAAAAACUUUAUACAAUCUAACAUCAUAUAUAACACAUAUGUUAGCAGGUCACCUAGGUAAGAUGACUUGCAAAGCUGAAUAAGUGUCUUUCUUUGAAGUCUUUACAAAUCCACUUUAAUUAGCCUGUUUGUUGUAUGCCAUUUUGUCGUCACUGAAUAAUAAAUAGGACAUCUGAACGACAAAUUAUCGUAUUGACAAUUUCGUACACACACAUACUUUGAAAGGUCGCUAUUAAUAACUAAAUGUUUUUUAUCUUUGCAAUGACUUGUAAUUGUUAGAUUAUGUAUGCUUCCUAUCGUUUUGAACAUAGUUUAUCUGAUUUGAUGUUGUUAAUGUAUUAAAUAUAUUCUAUCUUACUUUAUUUGAUAUCAUGUUUGGAGCUCUGUAAAAUCAAGUACAUUUUAGAAUGUAUACGUUACUUAGAAAUUUAAUUGAAUAACAGCA